GAAACGAAGGGUAAGAAAUGGGGUCGAUUAAUGGAGAUGAGCUUCCACGGUGGGAAAAGCCACAGGGAGCGGCUGCCGGUGGGGAAAAAAUUCUUGUUUCUGUGAGACUGAGGCCUCUUAACGCAAAGGAAAUUGCCAGGAAUGACGUAUCGGAUUGGGAAUGCAUCAAUGAUAACACGAUCAUUUUCAGGAACAGCCUUCCAGAGCGAUCUAUGUACCCAACUGCCUAUACAUUUGACAGAGUAUUUCGUGGUGACUGCUCCACGAGGCAGGUUUAUGAGGAAGCAGCUAAGGAGGUUGUCCUUUCGGUUGUCAGUGGUAUUAACUCGAGUAUUUUUGCAUAUGGGCAAACUAGCAGUGGGAAGACAUACACUAUGGGUGGAAUUACCGAGUAUACUAUGACAGAUAUAUAUGAUUACAUAAACAGGCAUCAAGAGAGGGCAUUUAUUUUGAAAUUCUCUGCAAUGGAAAUUUACAAUGAAGCUGUCAGGGACCUCCUCAGUGCAGAUGCUACUCCGCUAAGGCUUCUAGAUGAUCCAGAGGUGAGUAUUAUUCAACAGAGGGGGACUAUUGUGGAUAAACUUACUGAAGAAACUCUAAGGGAUUGGAACCAUCUGCAGGAACUCCUAUCCAUUUGUGAAGCUCAAAGACAGAUCGGCGAGACGUCCCUUAAUGAAAACAGCUCCAGAUCUCAUCAAAUUCUGAGACUGACUAUUGAAAGUUCUGCUCGUGAAUUCCUAGGCAAGGAAAAUUCAAGUACACUUGCUGCUAGUGUGAAUUUUGUUGAUUUGGCUGGAAGUGAGCGUGCAUCUCAGGCAUUAUCAGCUGGAACAAGAUUAAAAGAAGGUUGCCACAUAAAUCGCAGCUUACUCACCCUGGGAACUGUUAUUCGCAAACUGAGCAAAGGAAAAAAUGGACAUGUUCCUUACAGAGAUUCUAAGUUAACACGCAUACUGCAACACUCCUUAGGAGGAAAUGCCAGAACUGCUAUCAUUUGCACCAUGAGCCCUGCACGGAGCCAUGUUGAGCAGUCCAGAAAUACCCUUCUAUUUGCAAGUUGUGCAAACGAAGUGGCUACCAAUGCACAAGUCAAUGUAGUUAUGUCUGACAAGGCACUGGUAAAGCAUUUACAAAAAGAAUUGGCUAGACUGGAGAGUGAAUUGAAAAGUCCAGGACAAGCUUGUGCAACAUCUGAUUCCCUGACACUAUUGCGAGAGAAAGACCUUCAGAUUGCAAAGAUGGAGAAGGAGACAAGGGAGCUCAUUCAGCAGCGUGAUCUUGCUCAAUCACGGCUUCAUGAUUUACUACGAGUUGUUGGAGAUGAUCAGGCUUCUAAAUUACGGGAACACAAUACAUGGGAAGAUGUGAAGUCAAUAUCAGAGUCAUCAAUUUUGGAGGAUCCUCACAGUGCCAUUGGUGUUGGAAGAAUCAAUACAUCUUGGUAUUCUGACAGUAAUAGUGAUAAUAAUUCUGUUUACCCACAGCUGCCUGAGAUUCCAGAGAACCAUUUUCUGACUGAUGGUACUUCCCCAAGACUAUCUACCAUUAGUCCAACGUUCCUUGGGCGUGAUCCAUGUCAGGGUUGGGAGGAGAUUGCAGAAGAAACAGUUGAAGAUUCUGAAGACAUCUGCAAAGAAGUCAGAUGCAUCGAGAUGGAGGAAUCUAACAAGGUCAGAAAUAUAGAGCCAAAUGCUUUGUCACCUGAAGAGAAUGAAGAUAUGUUAUCUUUGACAGUGACUGGGAAUGGAGAUGCAACAGAGCAGGUGUUGAUAUCGUCCCCAAAGAAGGGAGAUGGAGACUUGAAGGGUAUGAAGAAUUUUAUGUAUGGUGCGCUGGAGCAAAAACUCCAUCAUGUGCAAAAAACCAUUGACUGCCUUGUCAAUCCCUACCUUGAUGAACCAUCUCCAUGGCCUCCAGCUGACAUGUCUAGCUCUAGAAGAUUGCAGUUAACCAAGAGCAGAAGUUGUAGAGCUGCUCUCAUGAUUAGCUCAUCCACUCCCUAUUCUGAGAGUGGGAACCAGAAUGAGAACACACCACCUAGCAGGUUUGACAGAGACUUCCCCGGUAGACCUGAGGUCUUCCAUGGGAAGUUUUCUGUAUUAAAUUAUGGUGACAAUGUCAAAAGGUUUUCAAGUAGAGAUUCCCAGACAUCUGAAGGGAGUUCUUCCAUUGAUGAGCCAAAUGCACCGAACAUCAAAACCUCAACUGAAGAGGAUAUUUCCAGUGCCAAUACUUUUGUUACAGGACUGAAGGAAAUGGCCCAACUUCAGUAUGAGAAGCAGCUUCUUGAUGGUCAGGAGACAGAAUCAGAGCCUAAUGAAUCUGUGCACGAUCCUUCAGAAUCACCUCCAAGUUGGCGUUCAGAAUUCGAGAGGCAGCAGAGAGAGAUAAUUGAACUUUGGCAUGCAUGCAAUGUAUCAUUGGUCCACAGAACCUACUUCCUCCUGCUCUUCAAAGGUGAUUCAACAGAUUCCAUUUACAUGGAAGUAGAGAUCAGAAGGCUUUCCUUCCUUAAGGACACAUUUACAAACGGAAAUCUUGCUAGACAUGCCAUGGAAGAUGGUCAGACACUGACACCAGCAUCAAGUAUGAAGGCUCUGCGUCAGGAGAGGGAGAUGCUGAGUAAGCAAAUACAGAAGAGGUUCUCAGAUAAGGAGAGAGAGCAACUCUUCGUGAAAUGGGGUAUCCGUCUAGACUCAAAACGAAGGAAGCAACAGCUGGCUCAGCGCCUGUGGACGGAUACAAAAGACAUUAACCAUGUCAUGGAAAGUGCCACAAUUGUUGCAAAGCUUGUUGGGUUCCUAGAGCCUGGCCAGGCCCUUAAGGAGAUGUUUGGCCUUAGCUUUACACCUCAACGCUCAAGCCGAUCUUCCAAUUGGAAACAGAGUAUGUCAUUCUCUGGUAGGCUUCAUAUAUAGAUAACUGAUGCCUGAUGAUAUAAAGAUUCAUAUUGGCCUUCUUUCAUAGGGCAUGAAUUAAUUUACACUGUAUUAUCAUUAUUGUGAUCAUUGUAGAAAAGGGUUGUAAAUUUGCUUAGAUUAGGCAAUAUAAUUGGGUUGUAUUAUUGUCAUUUGCUGCUGCUGUUGUAUCCUUUGAAAAUUAAUAAUGGCAGUUACCUAAUUAAAUGGUCUUGUAUUCUAAAC